AUGGCGACGCUGGGAGGCGAGUCCCAGCCGUUCCCCGCUGGCCUGGCGGCGGCCGGGACGCUGCACCCCCAGCACCUCGGCGGGGGCGCCGGCUCGCUCGGCUACAACCUGCCGCUCAGCCGCGCCCUGGAGCGGGCGCUGGAGGAGGCGGCGCACUCCGGGGGGCUCAGCCUGAGCGCCAGGAAGCUGAAGGAGUUUCCGCGGGGCGCGCCCGGGCACGACCUCUCCGACACCGUGCGGGCAGAUCUGUCCAAGAAUAGAUUAACUGAAGUUCCUAUGGAGCUGUGCCAUUUUGUGUCACUGGAAACACUAAACCUAUACCACAAUUGUAUUAAAAUUAUUCCAGAUGCUAUAGUGAAUUUACAAAUGCUGACUUACUUAAAUUUGAGUCGAAAUCAGCUUUCUUCUUUGCCAGCUUGCCUGUGUGGUCUUCCUCUAAAAGUCUUAAUUGCAAGUAACAAUAAGCUAGGUUCCCUUCCAGAAGAAAUAGGUCAGCUAAAACAGUUAAUGGAACUGGAUGUCAGCUGCAAUGAAAUCACAGCUUUGCCACAGCAGAUAGGCCAGUUGAAAUCUCUAAGAGAACUGAAUAUCAGAAGAAAUUACCUCAAGGUUUUACCACAAGAACUAAUAGAGCUUCCCUUGGUAAAGUUUGACUUUUCCUGCAAUAAAGUGCUCGUGAUUCCAAUUUGUUUUAGAAAGAUGCUGCAGUUACAAGUAUUAUUGCUUGAGAACAAUCCUCUGCAGUCCCCACCAGCACAAAUUUGUAUAAAGGGUAAAGUGCACAUAUUCAAAUAUCUGAGCAUACAGGCGUGCCAGAUUAAAACAGCAGACUCACUUUAUCUUAAUGCCAUAGAACGACCACACUUGCAGCAACCUGUGGAAGAGAGCAUUGAUGAUAUAUAUCCAAGUAAAAAGGAUUCUGAUUCAGGUGUUGGCAGUGAUAACGGAGAUAAACGUUUGUCAGCUACAGAGCCCUCUGAUGAAGAUACUGUCUGCCUUAAUGUACCAAUGUCAAACAUUAUAGAAGAAGAUCAGAUUAUAAAGGAAGAUUCGGGUCACCACAUCAACCUAGUCCAAGAAUUUCAUCAGGGACCUUCACUCAUGAUUCACAUUGAGAAGGCAAGAGAAGCAGGAAACCAGUUUGCUGAAGGAUCACAUCCCCUCACGACUGAAUUUAUGAGCUACAUCAAGGGCAGAGCAGCAGAAUGUGAUGAAUUAUUGCGAAUAGAAGAGGACACACAUUGGCAAACAGAAGGAAUAACAAAUACAUCAAACAAGCAAAAUAUUGAUAUAGCUAUGAAAGAUAAUUUAAAAGAAGCAGUAGAUUUGCUACAAGAUCCCAACAGAUUAAGCAUGGAUAUUACAGAGAGCAGUGGUGUGAAUCUGUGUCCCAUGGAAUCAACAACAGAUUUAGAAUUACAGGAGUCUACAGUAAAUGGCCAAAUGCAGAUGGAGGAGGCACCUAUCUAUCAGAAUGAAAAUGCUGAGGAAGAACUAGAAUUUCAGAAGAGGAGAGAAUUGAUUAUAGAGAAAACCAAGACUGAAGCCAAAACAGCAUGUAAGCAGGAUGAGACGCAACUACUGAGUCAGAAUGAUCUGAUUGUCUGGAAUAUUGGAGGAUGCAGUUCUCACAGUGAGAGUAAGGAAAAGACUCCCACACAAUCUCCUACUACAAACAACACAGCUCCUUUUGGCCUGAAGCCACGGUCAGACCCACCCCUCACUCUUCCUCCUAUCUCCUUCAACAAACUUACACAGGCUCAAACAUGGGACAACUAUAGCUACAGUAUCCCAUCUGAAGGGGACAGUGACAAUGUAUUUUUAAGACCUCAGAGAAAUUUGGAAUCCAUAGACCCUCAAUUUACAAUUCGGAGGAAAAUGGAACAGAUGAGAGAAGAGAAAGAACUUCUGGAGCAAUUGCGUGAGAACAUUGAAAUGAGACUAAAGAUUUGUUUGCCUGAAGACUUGGGGUCUGCUCUUAUGGAUGGGGUCGUUCUCUGUCAUUUAGUCAAUCACAUUCGUCCUCGAUCUGUGGGAAGUAUCCAUGUACCUUCACCAGCAGUACCUAAACUUAGCAUGGCCAAAUGCAGGAGAAAUGUGGAAAACUUUCUGGAUGCAUGUAGGAAACUGGGUAUACCAGAGGAGAAGCUCUGCCUACCACAUCACAUCCUAGAAGAAAAGGGCUUGGUAAAAGUGAGCAUAACAGUUCAAGCAUUACUCGAUGUAACCACAAUGAAGCAAGCUUUAUUCACAUGAAACUACUAUUUCUGCUGUAAUCAGCUCCAAUGUGCCAUACAAGUAUCAAAACACUGCUCAUCUUUUCAAAGUGCAUUGAAAAAUAUCCUUCUGCUCCAAAAGAGUAUUCCUACAUUUCUGAACUAAAAUCAUCUUUCAGACUAUCUGAAUAUAUUGAACUGCAAACUAAUAAUCAUUUUAUAAAACAAACUGGCAUUUCACUGCUUUUAUAGCUCAGUUUGUACACCACCCAUUAAAACAGCCACCUCUCUGCCACUUACAUAAGUGUGGAGUACAGCUGCCUUGCCGCAAAAUGUUCAUCUUAUUAAAGCAAGAGCAUCUUCAUUUUUUUUUAAUUCGAAUUUUAACAUGUUUUGUUUUUCUGCAGUUGCUUCAGGCCAUUGCCUUUUAAGAAUAUUCAGGCAUAAAAUAUUUAUAUAAAUAUUAUUUAUUAGUGAGUUGUUAUUCAUCCUUUGGAUGCAAAAUAUAAAGUAGGAAACUGUAUUUUAUUACUGCUUUUUUGUGGUUAAACACUUUAUUUUAAUAUAAAAUUUUAGUUAUUUUUUAUUCUACUUGGUGUGCAGUAAUUCUAGAUCUCCAUAAUCGUACUUUCUAAUAUGUAUGAUAAACAGGAAGCAAAACUAGGUGCUUUAAUGAAAAGAACUGUUAGCUGGGAUGGCAUUCUAUGGGUUGGGGUUUGUGGAAGAUUAGUAUAGUUUCUCUGCAUUCCAGUUAGUUUCCAACAUUCCAGCAGCACUUCCCCUCACCCGCCAUUAGAUGAAAUUGGUUGAACUAAAGAGAAGCACACCUUUUUAUUUGUAUAUAGCUGUUAUUAAAAAAAAAAAAAGGAAAGAUUAAACUUGAAAACAUAAAUGUGAACAAAUAUUUUUGAUUGAUACUUAUUUUACUAUGCACAAGACAUUAAACUUUUAUUACAACAAAAUAACUGAUGUGCAUUAGCAUCACGUGUCUUGAAAUAUAAUUUUGCACUGUACUCGGGUAAUCUUAAAAGGAUACAGCACUAUGGAACAAAUAAAAAAUAGCACAAGAAAUGUGAAAAUAGAAAGUUUUCUAGUGUCAAAUAUAUGUUUGGUAUUUUUUAAAAAGAGAAAAUAUAAUUUCAUUACAGUUGUUUUAGGCAGUUGUAAAGGCCUGAUCCUUCAAAUAUGGACUGCAGAUUGCAGGGCUUACUACUGUGAGUGGUCUCAUUGUAGCUAAUGUACUUCCGUGGGAUUUCUCAUCUUACUACACACACUGCCCUGUAGCGAGUGUUUGCAGGAUCAGACCCCUCUCGUCCCAAUUCAGCAGUAGGAAAUAGGGGUUUUUUUGUUACUUUUCAUUUCAAAAGGAUGUUUUAAAGCUGAAGUUAUUGUUCAGUCCUUGUCAGACAAGUAUUUUAGGUAGAGAAGUUCUAGCACAGUGAUUUUCACAACCUUUUAAACAUCCAUUUUUUUGGUAUGGAAAUCUAGUGAUGUAAGUAAUUUAGGCAAACAAGACAGGGAAGUUGCAUGUGGUAAAAAGGAUGGCUGUUAGGGGUCCAUGUUACAUUUAAGGAAGGAGAGUUUGAAAUGCAUUACAGCAAAAGUGAGACAAUGUAGAUAGAGAGCAAAUUAAAUAGAGAAAGAGGCUAUGGAGAGAGAAAUAAUCUGUUUGAAAGAAUGUGGACACAGAAAGACACUGCAUUUAAAAAACCACCAGUAUUCCAAUGAAUUAUAUUUUUAAUCCUGAAUAUAUACGGUGUUUGAAUGCAGACCUUUUAUUUUUGACAUCACAGAUUAUGGUAGACAUCGACAACAAUCUGUUGAGGGGGGGAAUGUGAACUCAAGGACAAUAUAAUGACACAUACAGUAUGCAUGGACUAUUCAGUUAUUCCAGCCAAAGCAAAAGCUUUUGUUCUAUAGAGGGAACAUUGACUUACAUUGCAAUUUUGACUGGCAGCUAGCAUAUGAUUUCCUAUAAAAUGUAUUGUGCACUUUAACACUAAAUUAAAAUGUAUUUUAAUAUUUUACAGAGCUGCACAAAUACCUGUUUUGUCAAAUAGCAUGAACAAUGUAAAGAAAAUAGGUUUUCAACUCAGAGUAUAUCAAACUUUAAAAGCAUUCAAAAAUUGACUAUAUAAAUGAUUGCUGCAUCGAGGGGUAAAAUGCAGGUUCCUGAGUAUUUUUUUUUUACAAUGUAUAUAUGGCAACAUGAAGCUUUGUAAUUAUUAUUUUGACAAAUCCUGUUUUUUUUUCCAUCAUUAAAAUUUGGUUUUCUCCUAGUAGUGACUUUCAGUAUUUGCUUAAAGUUGGCUGUAAAUAGCGCUUAAAUAUUUUGUAAUACGGCUUUUUUUAUGCAGUCUUAACCUGUAUGGCUAAAAAGAGAAUUUCAUGAAUCUUUGUACACUUUAUAUGUGCAAUAAAAAAUGCAUGGCCUCCUGACAAUAUCAUAAACAAUGAACAUUGUGUAUAUAGUGCAAACUUUACUGUAGCUGCAAUUAAAUCAUUUUAUUUGUAUUCAUUUACUAUCCCGCGACUGAGAAUUUGUACAAUAAAUCUAUAGUUGCUGGAGGAAAUCAGAAGCAAGUAAAAGAAGCAAAGUGCCCUUUUUUUUUUUUUU